UGUUCGUCGUUGGGGUACGGCGCCAUGGAGGAGCUCGGGCCGUUUCGGGUGAUGAGCGAUGGCAAGACUCUGUACAGGAAUCCCUACGCUUGGAACGAAGUGGCGAACGUCUUGUUCCUCGAGAGCCCUGCCGGCGUCGGCUUCUCCUACUCCAACACCACGUCGGACUACGCCAAGAGCGGCGACCGUAGGACGACGAUCGAUGCGUUGAUUUUCCUCGUUAACUGGUUCGAGCGGUUCCCGGAGUAUAAGGGGAGGGACUUCUUCAUCACCGGCGAGAGCUACGCCGGGCACUACGUCCCCCAACUCGCCCAUGCCAUACUCCAUCACAAAGAUCGCCUCAUCAACCUCAAAGGCAUCGCGAUCGGGAACGCAGUGAUCAACGAGGAGACGGAUAAGAAGGGGAUGUUCGACUAUUUCUGGACGCACGCGUUGAUUGCCGACGAGACGAUCGUCUCGAUCCACAAGUUCUGCAAUUUCUCGCUGGAUACGCAGCAGCAGCCUCCGGAGUGCGACCGAGUAGUCGACGAGGCGAGCCGUGUCUUCGAUGAAGUGAACAUCUACAACAUAUACGCACCGCUGUGCUUCUCGUCGGGCGUGACGCCGACUCCAAAGUUGCCUUCGAUUGAGAAUUUUGAUCCUUGUACUUCUAAUUACGUGGAGGCAUAUCUUAAUAAUCCUGCGGUACAGAAAGCUCUACAUGCCAAUGUGACAAAGCUCAACUACACCUGGUCUGGUUGUAGCCAAGUGAUACCAAGUUGGUCAGAUCAGCCUUCCACAAUGUUGCCAAUUAUUCACGAAUUGUUAUCUAAUGGGAUUAGGGUUUUGAAGUACAGUGGUGACUUUGAUGGAAGAGUUCCUGUUACUUCCACAAGAUACUCCCUCAAUAAGCUAAAGCUUAAAGUGAAAGCUUCAUGGAGAGAUUGGAUGCUUAACAGUGAGGUCGCGGGAUACACUGUAGUGUAUGAUCACAAUUUGACAUUUGCCACUGUUCGAGGAGCCGGACAUGAGGUUCCAAGUUAUCAGCCAGCUCGAGCUCUGGAGAUGAUCAAAAGUUUUUUUCAAGGGCUGCAUCUCCCGGCUGCUUAAGGGUUUCAACAGAGAACCAAUCCAUUUGUUGUUGUCAUUGUUCGUUGUGAUCUCAAUAGUUGAAUGAAAUCUAAUCUAUGCUUUUUAAAAUAUUAUCUUUGGCUCAAUUUAAUCAUGGUUUGACUUCAAUUAAUAAUAUAGAAAUUUCUUAUUAAGUGGUUUAA